CAAGUGUCUAAAAAUAUCAAUAUGUCCUAUAGUCCUGUAUAGUAAAAUAACUUGUUUACUUAUAAUUUCCUACAAUUUAAACAAGAUAAAAUGAGGUGGAGUGAAGCAAUCACUCUAGAGUUCGUGAAAAUAUACAUAAAACACGAAUGCCUGUGGAACCCCGCGCACACUGGUUAUAAAUUAAAAUAUCAACGAGAAGAAGCUUACAGCAGUAUUCAAUCAGAUUUUAAAGCGGCCACAGGUAAAUCACUAAGUAUUCCCGAGAUAAAAAUAAAGAUAAAGAAUUUAAGAACAACCUACUGUCAGCAAGUGCAGAAAAUAUUGCAGAAGUCGAGUCCAGAUGCCAUAUACGAGCCGUCUUUAGUUUGGUUUCAUGAGAUGGAUCAAUGUUUGAAACACGUACCAACUAACAGACAUUCUACGUCGUACAUCAAUACCCAUGAAACUCCAGAGGUUGACUCUUCCUGCCAAUUGUGGGUGGACCAGGAUCUACGGAAUGAGAAUACUGAAGAUUCCAACCCGGACCCCCUCGUGGCCCAUACUGAUGACGAGUAUGACUCCAACCAACUCGAAGACACAGAAAAUAUUAAAAAAGAAAGGCGCAUAUUACCAUUACCACCCUUCAAGAAAAUUAAAAAGAAAAAACUCAAGCAUAGAGCUAACAAUUACUAUUCAGAGUCUAUGGACAUUACAAAUCAGCUAAAAGAGGAUGAAUUUGAUAUUUAUGGGAAAUACAUAGCAUCACAAUUGAGGAAGAUGGAUGAAAGAAAUUCCUUGAAACUGAAACUGCAGAUUCACAGUCUUGUCAGUGAGGCUAGGAUGUCUGAUUUAUUAAGUAAUAACUAAUGGGGUUGGCAACUGUUAAAGGUUUGCAGAGAUGGCGCCAUCAUAGCUUGCCCCUUUUUCUAUGAGAUUUGGCUUAAAGGGUUGGCAUCCAGGGCAUUAAAAAAACAAAAAUUUUACUCAAUUCUAGGGAUUGACAGGGCAAGCUAUGCUGGCGCCAUCGGUCCAUCCAAUAUAGUAUGCAGCUAUACAGUGCGCUCUAGCCUUUAUAGAUUUUAAUCAAUAUGUGAUUUCUAAUCUACACAGGCUCAGAAAGUGUUAAAGAUCAUGAGCUCCUAAGUUUUUACUUUAGUAUUAGUAGAAAGCUAUUUUAGAAAAUGUGCAAUGAACAGAUCUCUAUUCCCUUUCAUUAGGACUUAUAUUUAAAGUGUUAUUUUUUUAAGCAGUGAUAAAGUUAUUUUUAGUA